CGUAAAAUUAAAUUCGCAACAGUUACCUAUUCUUUAAAACACGCCAAAAAGAAACAUGGCUUUUGCAUUCGUUAUCCUUUCUGUGAUAAUAUUAAUCCUAUUAAUGUUCUUCCUGAUCAAGAAAUACACCUACUGGAAGAGACAAGGAAUUCCAACCGUGAGAGGAACCCUUCCAUUCGUUGGUCACAUGUUACCUGUGUUAACCACAAAAUUAAAUUACUCUGAACUGAAUCGGAAAAUGCAUAUCGAGUAUAAAAAUCAUAGCAUGGUUGGAUAUUACAAAUUGACCAAUCCAGUGUUGCUGAUCCGUGAUCCAUAUUUAGCUGGUAUCGUAUUGAAGAGCAAGUUUUCCUGUUUCCAAAGAACCGGAGUGGUCGCACAUCCAGACAUUGAUCCUCUUCUGGCGAGAAAUGCAUUUUUCGUUGCUGGCGAAGAAUGGGCGAACGCGAGAAGACGUCUGAUCAACUCGUUCACGAACGUGAAAUUGAAAACCCUCUUAGAGUCUAUUAAUGUCGUGUGCAAAAAAAUGGAGGAUUAUAUCGAUCGAAGGUUGCAGACGACUAAAAAGUACGAAACGGAAUUGAAGACAUUAUGCUCGAAAUUUACCGGUGAAGUGAUUGCGAACGUUGGCGUGGGCGUUGAAGGAUACUGUUUCGAUGAAAAACCACAUCCGGCAGCGUUCGAUCGGAUCGGCGAUUGGUUGUUCAAGUCGAACUUGAAACAAGUGCUAGAGAUGACGCUCAUGUUCACGCCUGGACUAAAGAACAGCAUGCUCAAGAUGAAAUUCAUACCAGAGAAGAUGGAAAGUUUCUUCAGGGACAUUGUUUCGCAAAAUCUGAAGAUCAGACGACAAGAUUCAAUUCCCAGGUCCGAUAUUCUCCAAUCGAUACUCGACUACCUGAACUGGGAGAAAGAGGAGAUCGACGAAGAACUGAUCGCCUCUGACGUGUUAUCCUUUUACAUGGACGGUUACGAAACAUCCGCUGUUGCAAUUAGUUUCACUGCUUUUCUUCUGGCGCAAUACCCAGAAGUUCAAGAUAAACUCCGACGGGAAAUAAUGUCUAAAAUCGAGAAAUACGACGGUGCGGUAACGUUCGAAGGUUUGAGGGAAAUGACAUACAUGGAUCAAGUGAUCAACGAAACUCAAAGGCGUUACACUUCCAUAAGCUUUCUAACCAGAGUGUGCACAGAAGAAUGCGAAUUGCGCGGCUCGGAUGGACUGAUCUAUCGCGUGGAACCUGGUAUGGAAGUGAUCGUAUCUAAUCAAGGUUUCCAUUUGGACCCAGAAUACUGGCCGGACCCGGAGCUCUUCGAUCCCGAACGAUUCAGCGAAGAAAGAAAGCAUACCAUAGAAAAACUGGCGUUCCUUCCCUUUGGAGAAGGUCCAAGGUUAUGCGCUGGAAUGAAAAUGGCUCAGCUUCAACUUAAGUCCUUUUUGACCACCUUGAUUAGCAAGUAUAGAUUAGAAUUAUCUGAGAAAACGCAGCUUCCUAUCAAGCUUUCUGGCCUGAACUUUUUAACCGAACCAAUUGGAGGACUCUGGGUUCAUAUUUCCAAAAUUUGAAGGCUACUUUUCUGUACUUCGUGAUAAAGAAUCAAUAAUACUGGUAAUUUACUAAGAUAAUAAAUAUUUAGAUUUACGUAA